UCAACACUCCUGACAUCAAUACCAAUGAGAACGGAAGAAACCUCUCACCUACAUCAUCCGAAACUCAUUAUUGUUUGUAUAUUAAAUAAUCCUUCUCUUCAUCAUCGAAUCACAUGUACGUCGUUCAUCACAUCUGAAAUCAGAAAAUAGAAAAUGGCAGCUGUAAACAUUUUGGUAGCAGCUUUGCUUUUUCAUGCUGUUCAAUAUGUAGAUUGCAUGUGUGCACUACGCCAUCCACAACAGCAAUACUGUGAAUCUGAUUUUGUCAUUUUGGCCGGAAUCUUGGACAAAGAUGUUAUCUAUCAUGGUGAUGUUCCUGUUAGUUUUCAUUAUAUUGUCAACAUCAAAAAAGUUUUCAAGGCAGGACCAGAGUAUGAAAAUGCAACAAAGACCAUGGUUGUAUCUUCCGCAGCUUCGACUGGGGUUAGAGAUUUAGAAAUGGGAGUAAACUACCUCAUAACAGGUUUUAUAUAUGAUGAUACUCUUCAAACAUCUAUCUGUGACUGGGUGAAACCAUAUCAUAAUCUGACAAAGGCACAGAAAAAUGGUCUAAGAUUUAAAUAUGAAACUGGAUGUCAGUGUGAGUUUGCUAUCUGUCGGGAAGGACAGUGUGGACAACUUGACAGCAACAACACAUGCGAGUGGGAAUUCGGAGAUAUGUUCGAUUGUUACCAUGACGAUGGCAUAUGUUUUCAUAAUGGCGAAGAGUGUGUUUGGAGAGAAACCAGAAAAUUCAGACAAUGUGAGGAUAAUGUUUACCUGGGAGACAGGAAGUUUACAAACGAAGUAAUACCGGAUCCAAUGUAAUAUAUGUCGGAUAGAUUUACCCCCGAUUUCUUUUCAUUAUUUUCUCCUCACUUUUUUACUGUUUGAAACUACAUUAAUCUUUUUUUUGUCUAGUUCAUUUUUUGCUUCAAUCGCACUGUCACUAUAUUUGUGAACGCUUGUUAAAACAAGUGGACGGAGUUCAUGUUUUUGAAUUUAAAAGUAUUUUGCGAGUUUCCCAAAUAAGUGAAAUAAGUUUUAAACGUCAAAACAUAUUUGCGCAUUGGCCACAUGCUUAUCACUAUGAAAAAUAUCCAUAAUGCAUUGUAAUUUAGUAUGAUGUAAGUGUGUUUUUAAAUUUGAAACUACUAUGUAAGAAUAAGACAAACAGAGAAAUAAAAAAUGAACUGAUAA